AUGUACUCAAUCAGAAGUCUGUCCACAUUAGCUCAUCGAGAACAACGGGAGGAAGAUGGCGUGGAAGACAUGACACAGCUUGAGGAGAUGCACGCUGAUGCUGUUCUCCAUAAUCUGAAAACGAGGUUUGAACGGAAUCUUAUUUAUACCUAUAUUGGUAGUAUUCUGGUUUCUGUGAAUCCUUAUAAGAUGUACAACAUCUACGGAACGGACAUGGUGCUGCAGUACAAGGGUCACGCCCUGGGCGAGAACCCUCCACAUUUGUUUGCGAUAGCAAAUGCUGCUUAUUCCAAAAUGAUGGAUGCCAAACAAAAUCAAGUCAUUAUUAUCAGUGGGGAGAGCGGCUCUGGGAAAACAGAGGCUACCAAACUUGUCCUUCGCUACCUUGUAGCUUUACAUCACACAUGUAAUGUUGCUCAACAGAUUGAGAUACUUGAGGCUUCUCCUCUGCUGGAGUCGUUUGGAAAUGCCAAAACUGUGCGGAAUGAUAACUCUAGUCGCUUUGGGAAACACAUGGAGGUCUUUAUGGAGGAUGGUGUGAUCAGUGGUGCCAUAACGUCUCAGUAUCUUCUGGAAAAGUCUCGCAUCGUCUUUCAGGCCAAAGAUGAGAGGAACUAUCAUAUUUUCUAUGAGAUGCUGGCUGGUCUUUCCUCUCAGCAAAAGCAGACUUUCUAUCUACAAGAGGCUGAGACCUACUAUUACCUCAACCAGGGAGGGGAUUGUGGAAUUAAAGGAAAGGAUGAUAUUGAGGAUUUCCAGCGUCUACUUGGUGCCAUGGAGAUCCUCCAAUUUACUGCUGAUGACCAGUCGGCCAUUUUUAGAGUUUUGUCUUCCAUACUGCACCUGGGAAACGUCUAUUUUGAGAAAUAUCAGACUGACGGCCAGGAGGUGGCAACAGUGGUGAGCGCUCAGGAGAUCAGAGUGGUAGCAGAGCUGUUGCAGAUUUCUCCAGAAGCCCUACAGAAAGCCAUCACUUACAAAGUCAUGGAGACAAUGAGAGACAAGAUUUACACUCCGCUGACUGUAGAAAGUGCUGUAGAUGCCAGAGAUGCUGUUGCCAAGAUCUUGUACUCGCUGCUCUUUCAUUGGUUAACAGAGAGGGUCAACACUCAGGUGUAUCCUCGCCAACACACUCUCUCCAUUUCCAUCUUGGACAUUUAUGGAUUUGAGGACCUGGUAUAUAACAGCUUUGAGCAGCUGUGCAUUAAUUACGCCAACGAGUACUUGCAGUUCUUCUUUAAUAAGAUCAUUUUUAGAGAAGAACAGGAGGAGUACAGCAGGGAGCAAAUUCCUUGGCAGGACAUUCCAUUUAACGACAACCAGGGCUGUAUCGACCUCAUUGCUGCUAAGCCUCACGGCGUACUGAGAAUACUGGAUGACCAGAGCUGCUUCCCACAGGCGACAGAUCAUACGUUUCUCCAAAAGUGUCAUUAUCAUCACGGCAACAACUCAUUGUACAUGAAGCCAAAGAUGCCCCACCCUGAGUUCACCAUCAAGCACUUCGCUGGAUGUGUUACCUAUCAGGUUUACAAAUUCCUUGAUAAAAACUAUGACCAGGUCCGUCAAGAUGUCCUGGAUCUUUUCAUUCAGAGCAGGAAUAAGAUUGUUUCAAACCUCUUCCUGGCUCAUGCAGAGGUACUGGGGCAGCAGAGAGGAGGUCAUGUAAGCAAGAGCAGCACGGUUACCAGGAAAUACCAAGCAUCCACUGUCAGCAGUAAGUUCCAGCAGUCGUUGCUAGAACUGGUGGAUAAGAUGGAGAGGUGCAAUCCAUUUUUUGUUCGCUGCAUUAAACCAAAUAGCAUGAAGUAUGCAGGUGUGUUUGAAGACAACCUUGUGAAAGGUCAGCUCAGACACUCUGGCAUCAUGGAGACCAUCAGGAUCCGCAAAGAAGGAUAUCCUGUCAGGAUGCCGUUCUCUGUCUUCCUGCUCAGAUAUAAGUCUCUCGUGGGAAUGCAACAGCUGCCGUUAGCCAAUGGAGACAACUGUGUUCUGCUGCUCAGUAAACUAUAUCCUCUUAAACCAGGAGACCACCAUGUCGGGGUCACAAAGUUGUUUGUGAAGGAGGCUGUCUACCAGCUGUUAGAGUGUAAACGGGAGCGCUGUCGUCAGUUCGCUGCACUCACCCUGCAGCGUUAUACUCGCAUGUAUUUUGUCAGAAAACGCUAUGUGGACCUCCGCAAUAUGAUCAUCAAGCUGCAGGCGCAUUGCAGAGGCUUUCUUACCAGAAGGCACUAUGUGAAGAUGAAGGACAGCUUGGUUCGGUUCCGAUCCCUUGUCAACUUUUAUAUCAGCCGGAAACGAUAUGUAAAGAUGAAGGUGAUGGUCCAGAGGAAAGCUGAGGAGGAGAGGAAAAAAAGAGAAAUGGAGCUGAUGAAAAGAGAGGUGGUAAAUGUUACACAUUUGGUGAUCCCUGCUGAGCUCGGGAAUCUACUGCAAGCAGCAGGAGGCAGGAGAGAGUUGCACUCAGAUUGCUUGGCUCUGCUUCAGGCUCCUCAUAUCCAAGAGUCCUCUUCUAGUCAACUCACUCUGCCUUUGGACAUCAACAACUACCCUUUCAAUCGUUACGUGCUCAGCCACUUCAGAGAGCCAAUGUUUGGAAUGUUGAUGACACCCCUGGAGGCACCUCUAACAUGCAUAGAAGAGGAUCUCAAAGGAGAAGCUUUGGAGCUUUUCAACAUGGUGUUAAGAUUCAUGGGGGAUCCUCAUUUGAACGGCGCGCAAGAGAACAUCUUUGGCAAUUACAUCAUUCAAAGAGGUCUCUCGUCUCCAGGUUUACGAGAUGAGAUCUUGGCUCAGGUGGUCAACCAGGUGUGGCGAAACGUUAACGCUGACAAUGCAGAGAGAGGCUGGUUGCUAUUGCUUGCGUGUGUCUGCAGCUUUGCUCCCUCGCCACAGAUGGACAAAUAUCUACUCAAGUUUGUUUCUGACCACGCUGCUGUUGGCUGCCAAGCACUUCUCCAACAUAGACUCAUGCAAGCCAAUCAGAAGAUGCAGCAGAGCUCAGGCCCCGCUUCUGAGACAUCACGGACUUAUCCGCUGUCACUGCUCGAGUGGACGGCCAACAGGAAAAAAGCUAACAUGGCGUUACAUGUGCAUUGUUUUGAUGGAGCGUCAUUCCUGUGUCCAGUUCACUCCUGGACGAGCGGCGAGGAUAUAGCGGCAGACAUCCUGCGCCACAGGGGCGUGUCAGAGUGGUGGAAAGGGAGUUCUGUCCUGAUGAAGGAGCACGGCCAAUGGGUGGAGUUGGCAGGUCACGACUACGUGAUGGACUUGAUUGCCGACCUGGAGCUUCCAAAUGACUUCCCAAAGCAGAAGAGCUAUUUCAUCAUCAGUACUGACAGCCCCACUAGAGUCAAAGCCAACACCAGCCUAACAUUAUUAGGAAGCGGAUUCGAUUCAGAUGACGAACCUCCUCCUUCCCUGCCUAUGAGCCCUAGCUGCAGACCAGCCUACAGCCUGUCUGACUCUGACGGUUACCAUAGUCAUGUUGACUCUGAUGCAUUCAGUGAUGGUCAGACCCAGAGAGGAAUGGACCGCUACCUGGACAGCCUUUUUGACCCGGUGCUGACAGACAGCGGCAUGGACAUGGAAAAGCCUGGAAAUUUGGCAGCAAGAAUUAAGGGAGGCCGAGGUGUUGGCAUUUCAGGGGGAGGACAAGGAGACCGGGAGAGUAAUCCUAUCCCAAGUAGGUCGUAUCCACCAGGAAUACACCCUGGAGGUACAGAACAGACAGUACUGACUCAACAACAGCAAGCUAUUAUCAACCAGCAAGCCAUCAUUCUGGCCCAGCAAAUGACCAUGCAGGCCAUUGCACUCCAGCAGCAGAUGAUGUCCUCCUUCCCUCCAUCUCAGUCGCCACCACUACAUUAUUACAUGCAUUCACCGCAACACUCUCGCACACCCAGUCCAACUAGAGAGCGAGAGGUUUCACCUUCCAGGUCCACCCCUCGGCACAAAAUGAGUCCAACAAGCGACCACUCUCCUGAAGACGUGGUCCGUGCCAGUGUGAGUAACACCGAGCGCAUGGAGCCUAGCCAUGAUAUCAAAGACAUCAUUAAACAGCACCAGCCUCCUGGCAUGAGUCCCACCGGACCUUCAAUCAGACGCAAAGAUGAGGGAAAGAUAUUUCGAAAGAAGCCAGACCCCCAUGAAGAGGCCAUGGAGAUCCUGAAAGACCAAAUGGCUAAUCCACCUCAACCAAUCCAGAAGAAAUCUUUCCGUCACAAAGAGCAGAGCAUAGAUACAAAAAUAACCAAUUCGGGUGAACCAACUCAUUCCAACAUAGGUCCUACUCCUCCGCCAGUGCGCAGAGAGUUGCCAAUCGAAAAUGAGGUCAUCCAGACGCAACUACACAGCAGGACCAGUGAUGAAUAUUAUACCUACACUAAUGUCCCUUGGAAACUUUACCUGAGGAAGGAGGUGUUUUAUCCUAAAGAAAACCUAAAUGAUCCGCUGAUGUUGGACAUGACUUUCAGACAGGUGGUACAUGACACAUUUUCUGAGGCCUGCAUUCGAAUCACUCAAGAAGAGAGACAAAAGAUGAAAACUUACUUCGUGGAAAACCAGGUGGAUCAAAUUGCAGGAACUCACAAUGAGAGUAUUAAGAAGAAGGUGGUUGCCAUGGCAAGAGACUCAUGGGAGAUCUACUUUUCUCGCCUUUUCCCAGCCUCUGGCAGUGUGGGUACGGGAGUGCAGGUGUUGUCUGUGUCACAUCAAGGCAUUAAACUGCUUAAACUGGUGAGGAGCAGCUCCACUGCUCCAGACUACUUCAGAGUACUGAGACCUUACAGCUACUCGGACAUCCUGUUCGUGUCUGUUCCGUCCAAAAACAUGUUGGAGUUCAAUCUGGUCAAUGAGAAGCUGAUCCUGUUUUCGGCUAGGGCCCAGCAGGUCAAAAGCAUGAUUGACUACUUCCUCACUGAGAUUAAGAAGGAUUCAGAGUAUAUGGUGGCAGUGAGGAACUACAUCAAUGAGGACAGGACACUGUUGAGCUUCCACAAAGGAGACAUCAUUAGACUACAACACAUGGAUGGCCUGGAGACGGGCAAACGUUAUGGCUGCAUUGUGAAGAAAAAGGUGAUGCUACUGGAAGAAAUCAAGAGAGACACAUCUGAUUUUGGCUGGCGGUUCGGGGCAGACUACGGUAUGUCGGGAGUUUUUCCUAUCGAACAUGUUCGACCUGUGGCCGCUCCAGACUUCCUGCUUCUUCCAACUGAGAGGGCGGAGCCUCGUGACAGACAGGGACGCGUCGCUGCCUCAGCUGCUGUUGCCGUAGCAUUGGGCUCAGCGGUCGCCGCCCAAGAACUUGACCGCUCAACAGAAGUAGUAAAAGACACUUAUGUGGAGAGCCCCGAUGAGGAAUUUCAUGAUAUGUCCCUCUAUGGCAACCAGUACCACAUGUGUGAGUUUGCUAAGAUGUACUUCAGAGAAGCACAGAGAAACAGGAAUGAUCCAAAAGUCAAAAAGGGGAGAGAGGGCAGGGAUCCAUCUGAUAUGAUCAAAUUCUCCAAGUCUCCCCUCCAAGAGUCUCUGAUUGACUUCUCAGACAGUGGGAUGAAUAAAGUGGCCUCUGACAUCUCUUCAGCUCUAAUGAAGUUCAUGGGAGACCUGCCACUGAAAGGUCUAACAGAACAGGACCUUGUAACCACCAUAUUGAAGUUAAGUGCUGAUCACGGCUUGAUGAAAGAUGAAGCCUAUUGCCAGGUGAUGAAGCAAGUCACUGCCAACGACAGCUCCAAACCAGACAGUUGCCAGAGGGGAUGGAGGCUGUUGUAUAUCCUGACUGCUUUCCAUCGCUGCUCACUUGUGAUGAAGCCAUUUCUCCUCAGCUUUCUACAUGACGCCUGUGUUAGCAUUGGACUGCAGUACCAAGGUAUUGCCAAGGCAUGUGAGCAUAACCUGAGGAAGACAUUUCAGUAUGGAGGACGUUUACAGUAUCCCAACACCAUGGAAUUGAAAGCAAUGAUGGCAGGGCGGAGUUCCAAAAGACAGCUGUUUCUGCUGCCAGGUGGGCUUGAAAGACACUUGAAAAUCAAGACAUGUUCUGUUGCUUUGGAUGCCAUCGAGGAGCUAUGUUCUGAAAUGGACCUGCACAGAGUGGAAGCUCUGGAUGAAUAUGCCAUUUUUUUGGUCACACACAGAGGUCAGAAUGUGCGUCCCCUAAUCAAGAGGGAAUACAUUUUAGAUGUUGCUACAGAAGCGGAACUAGUGGAUGCCAACUACAGUCUUUGGUUCCGGAGAGUCAUAUGGAGCCUUGCUUUGAAACUUGAUAAUGAACUAUAUGUUACCAUGCAUUAUAACCAGGUAUUGCCCGAUUACCUGAAGGCCUUGCUGAGUGUGGUCUCAUUAAGUAAGGCCAGUGAACAACAUCUGCAACAGCUUGCCAGAUUAGCUGCUCUACAGCACCGUGCCAAAGAUGCUGUCAAUCUGCCCGCCAUACGUGAGGUGCAGGAGUAUGUCCCAUCACAGUUCUACAGCAAACAGAAUCCACAGCAGUGGCUCAGUAUGGUAACUCAACAUAUGCAGCAGGUCCAGCCUUUAACCCCCCACCAGGCCCGUGCACAGUUCCUUGGUCUGGUCAGUCCCUUCCCCAUGUUCGGUUCUUCCUUCUUCUACAUCCAAAGUUCCAGCUCGGCCUCCAUCAAGGCUCCCUGCAUCUUGGCAGUGAAUCUUAAUGGACUUCACUUCCUAAACAAAGACACUCACGAGGCCAUGGUGCGUUUCCCUUUAAAAGAGGUCCAAUCAACUCGCACCCAGAGACCAACAUCAGGCUCAAGUUACCCAUACGUUGAAAUAAUGAUUGGAGACUUGCUCAACCAACGCUUAACACAGCUUCAGCUCGAGCAGGGCCUGGAGCUGUGUAGAGUGGUUGCCAUGCACAUGGAGAACAUGCUUUCUGCCAGAGAAAAGAGACUCACUUUGCCACCAAGCGAAAUCACCAUGCUGUAG